AUAAUCUUGGAAGGGGCUGGAGUGUUUGAGCAACCUUUUCAACCAGCCAGGUUGUGCUUCAACUCUAAGCCUCCACAUGCUGUGUAAUCUUCAGUUUGGAUUUGAGAGGUUGAUUCCGGCUGCUUCUGGUUGCGUCCGGUUAUUAUCUGAGUUCGUUUCUGCGGGAGAUGGCGGUGCACGGCGAGUCAUGUCGACUUCGACAGCCAACGCCGCUUUUCUUUAUACCGGUCCCAGCGCUAAGUGUCAGUAAUUUGAUCCCUCCAGGUGGCGAGGCCAAGCAUUUGCAUUGUCGGAGUGCAACAUCUGUGUGUGUAUGGUAGACGAUUCCUUUAAAGCUACGUCUCUUACAGCACAAUGGAGUUCCAUAGACUGAGUAGUAGGCGUUAACUUCCUCGGCGGAUAUGUCUGAUCACACCGUGCUUGAAUUGAAUAUGCGUUGCUUUUUCCAAUCCCGAGGUGGGUUUCGUGGUGACAGUUUCGGAGGGUUUCUUAUUGCCAUGGAGACAAGGUGAGAAGAUUCGUAUGGUCGAUUGCAAGGCUACACAAACAUGGAGGGCAACAGAGGUAGGAGAUUAGAUGCUAGGUGAUGAUGGACGGUGUGUGAGGCUGUUUGAGAGCCUUAGUUGCUUUGCUGGUGUCAAGGAAGGCGCGAAGCUCUAGAAUUGGCGAGGCUUCGGGUAUGGCAGAAUGGCUGAGGAGACGGAGCAAGCUCGUCGUCCUGCUGGGCUUGUUGAAGGACCAGACGGCUGCUGGGUUAGCAAGAGCCAGUGGGCCGUUUUCCUACUUGCAGAUCGCAAUGGUGAUGGCGACGAAUCAUUCCGAGAGUCUGCCCCUGGAGAAGUAUGUGGAAGAAAUUAUUGCCUCAGGUAGCGGUUCUCGUAUGCAGGUCUCGUUCUGCACGCGAUUCCUUGUGAAGAGGCUCAAUAGGACGCGCAGCUGGGCGGUGGCAAUUAAGUGUCUCAUAAUCUUACACCGGUGCCAUCUGGACGGCGGUUUCCUCUUUCAAGAUCUACUUGCUUAUAAUUCCACCAAAGAAGGAAAGGGCUAUCUCAGUUUUCCUAACUUCAAGUCUGAUCCCAGCUCUGUCGACUGGCCGUUUUUUUUCUGGGUAAAGAGAUAUGCUAGGUACUUAGACGAAAGGCUCUGCUGCUGUCGCGCCUUGAAGUCUCAUCUUGACAGUCGGUGGAAAAGUCACAGCUUCCAGAAUACUGUGGAGAUCACGGAUUCUAGAGAGCUUUUGCAUCAAUUAGAUGUGUUGCAGAGUUUGCUGCACGAGCUGUGUCAAUGCAAGCCUAGCGCUGAGGCAGAGGAGCAUCCUGUCAUUCAGGGGGCGCUGGUGCUUGUGGUGAUGGAUAGCUAUAAAGUGCACGACGAAAUUAGGGUUCGUCUCAAGGAAAUGUUAGCCAGAGUCAAGAACUUAGAGCUCUCUGAAUGCUUUAGCUUACUGCACAACUGCAAGAGAGCUCUUAGUCAGAUGCAAACUCUGCAAAAGUUUUUAGAGAGCUGCAAAGAACUCUCUCUGUUUCUUGACAUUCCUUUUCCGGAAGAAGACACGCCAUCUGAGCUUGACAUACAGACUUUGACUGAGUCAAUCCAGAGCAUGUCAAAACAGCAUACUGUUUCUUCAUACAUGAUAAGGUCGGAGUCGUCAGUUCAUGUGCCAUUCAGGAAAGACGGUCUUUUACCAAGAAGUACAAGUCUUUUUGCAAGCCAGCCUCGACAACUUCAUCGGAAGUCUUCAUAUGCCCCAGAAGAUGCACAAGGUGUGUACUCUGGUGACGACUUCAUUGAUAUCUCACAUGAGUUAAAACCAUCAACUGUGGGUAGAGGACAUGUCCAUCGUGCCACUAUGCCAGACCUCAUUUCGUUCUAAUCUUAUGAGCAGUAUCCCUGGCAAUGGAAUCUCAACAGAAACUCCUCAUCUUGAAAUUUAAUGUUGCCAACUCUGCCCGCAUGCUGUGGAGCGCUGAACCUAUUGUUCAACCAUGACUAUUGGUGCAUUUGCGGCACUUAGAAACCGCAGAGAGUAUGACCAAUAUGGUGGGGAUGUUUCUGUAAUUGGUUAGGAGUAGCCUAUAAGUGCUUUCUUGCAGCCAGAUUUUUACAUACAUUGAUUAUGUUUGUAAUAUGACUCAUAGCUCCUAGUAGGGGCGCUUUAUUUGUGCAACAUGUAAUAUUCCCGACCAAGGAAUGAUGAUUUUUUUCAA